CUUGGUUCUCACUGGAGCCUCCUGGACUGCCUUUCAAAAAUUGGAGAAGAUGGGUCACAGCCACUAACCAGGGUGCUGUAGGAGGUGCCUGUGUGGGCACUCGUGAUGGUGGGGCACCAUGGUGGGGAACUCAGCGCUGAUCUUCCUGCUGGGUGAUUCUUCACCUCAGGGUUGCUAGAUCUUCUGGAUGCCGUGAAGAUACUAAUGCAUGAAAAUGAAGGCUCAGGCAACUUUCAUUUGCUGUUUAGUAUUAUUUCUGGCCACAGAAUGUUCCCACCAUAGACCCAAGAUUCACAUAAAAAAUGGAGAUAAACCUCAAAGCCCUGAAAGGAAUCCUAAGACUGGAAGGAUACAAGAGAAAUGCCAUGGAUCUUGCAGUUCUCCUUCCAACUGCAGCCAGCCCUGCGGUAAACACUUUCAUGGAGAAGUAGGAUUUACAUGUGAUCACAAAAAGUGGCAAAAAUCAACUGAAACAUGUACAAGCCUUUCCUUGGAUACUCUCUUUCAGGACUCAGAUGAUGUAUCACGCCUUUCUGUGGUAGCACCCUCCAUACCUCUGCACAUUCUUGACUUUCGAGCUCCAGAGCCUAUUGAGAGCGUGGCUCAAGGAAUCCGUAAGAACUGCCCCCUUGAUUAUGCCUGCAUACUUGAUGUUGUGAAAUCAUCAGAAACCACAUCUGGAAACAUUGCAUUUAUAGUGGAGUUGUUAAAAAAUAUUUCUACAGACUUGUCUGACAAUGUUACUCGAGAGAAAAUGAAGAGCUACGGUGAAGUGGCUAACCACAUCCUCGACACCGCAGCCAUUUCAAACUGGGCCUUCAUUCCUGACGUGAACGCCAGCUCAGAUCUGCUGCAGUCGGUGAACAUGUUUGCUGGACAACUCCGAAUCCACAAUGAAUCUGAGAAUAUAGUGGAUGAACUCUUCAUUCAGACAAAAGGCUUUCACAUCAGCCGCAACACCUCAGAGAAAAGUCUGAACUUCUCCAUGAACUUGAACAACGCCACAGAAGCUAUCUUAGGAAUGGUAGAAAUUCCUCAGCAGGAACUAAGGAAGCUGCCGCCAGAUGCAUCUCAAGCCAUUAGCAUAGCUUUUCCCACGUUGGGGGCCAUUCUGAAAGAAGCCCACUUACAGAACGGGAGUCUUUCCAGACCUGUAAAUGGUCUGGUCCUUUCAGUGGUUUUACCGGAAAGCCUGAAAGAAAUCCUACUCACCUUUGAAAAGGUCAACAAAUCCCGGACUGCCAGGGCCCAGUGUGUCGGCUGGCACUCCACACAAAGGCGGUGGGACGAGAAGGUGUGUGACACGACGUUGGAUAGCAUGAGCAAAGUCAAAUGUCGCUGCAACUACACCAAUGCGCUGAUGUCUUUUUCUAUUCUGAUGUCCCCCAGAUUGGUGACUGACAAAGUUCUGGACUACAUCACCUGCAUUGGGCUCAGCAUCUCAAUCCUUAGCUUGAUUCUCUGCCUGAUCAUUGAAGUUACGGUUUGGUCCCGGGUGGUUGUGACCGAGAUAUCAUACAUGCGUCACGUGUGCAUUGUGAACAUAGCAGUGUCCCUGCUGACUGCUAAUGUGUGGUUCAUUGUAGGCUCUAUAUUUAACAGAAAGGACCAGGACUACAACUGGUGUGUUGCAGUGACAUUUUUCAGCCAUUUUUUCUACCUCUCUCUGUUUUUCUGGAUGCUCUUCAAAGCACUGCUCAUCGUCUACGGAAUACUGGUCAUUUUCCGGAGGAUGAUGAAGUCCCGCAUGAUGGCCAUUGGUUUUGCCAUUGGAUAUGGGUGCCCUUUGGUCAUUGCUGUCACCACGAUUGCAGUCACAGAGCCAGAGAAGGGCUAUGUGAGACAGGAGGCCUGCUGGCUUAAUUGGGACAAUACCAAAGCCCUUUUUGCAUUUGUCAUCCCAGCCUUGGUCAUUGUGGCUGUGAAUCUCAUUGUGGUUUUGAUUGUGGCUUUGAAUACUCAGAGACCCUCUAUUGGCAGUUCCAAGUCUCAGGAUGUAGCCAUAAUUAUAAGGAUCAGCAAAAAUGUUGCCAUUCUCACUCCAUUGCUGGGACUGACUUGGGGUUUUGGAAUAGCCACUCUCAUAGAAGGCACUUCUUUGAUAGUCCAUAUAAUCUUUGCCCUACUAAAUGCUUUCCAGGGUUUCUUCAUCUUACUUUUUGGAACCAUUAUGGAUCACAAGAUAAGAGACGCCUUGAAAAUGAGGAUGUCAUCACUGAAGGGGAAAUCGAGGGUAGCAGAGAAUGCAUCACUAAGCCCAACCAAUGGAUCUAAAUUAAUGAAUCGUUAAGAAUGAAAUGUUGCCUCCUUCCUUGAGGAUGUCCUGCAUAUGAGACUGAGAGUGAGCUCCUGGAGGAAGACAAGGAAGCCAGGCUUGCCUGAGGAGAGACUGCCAUGCUUCCUUGAGGGACAUUUUCCUUCUUCCAGCAGUGACACCCAAGCUCUUGAUGUGAAAAUAUUUGAUGAGAAAAGUUUGAGGAUGGCAUUUGGUGACUGGGCUUUAGCAAUGCUGAUAGACUGACCUGUUGACCUACACUUGAUGUACAAGAGGUUGCUUUCCUGGCCAAGCUUGGGAAGAUUAACAAUGAACCUGCCAAAAUGUUAUGGUCUCCUUGGCAAGACUGGGGUUACUGGGUUCCUACUGGACUUGUUCUGCUUUUCUUUCUGAUACCAGUGCUAUACCUCUAUGAUUCCAUCAUCAUCUCUUUGCACAGAUCCUGGGCACUUUGGGGAAUGGGGGCUCCAUCCAACUUCAGGGGUAGGGAUAAAAUAGCAAUGGGAGGGCUAGGCAGGAGAAACAGUCUACUUUGGAGACAGUUAAGACCUGUGAGCUCCCUAAAGGUAAGGAACAGAGGAGAAGUCUGAGAAUUAUUUAAUGUGUUUGUUAUUUUAAUCUAUGUUAGACAUUGAUGAAAUGAUUUAGUUUCUAGAAUCUUAGUUUCCUCAUCUGUGGAACAGAAAAAAUAUUCUUGUAGGUUUUACUGUUUGUGUGUUUUGUGUGUACCUGCACACAGAGUGUGUGCAUGUAUGUCUUUUUAAACUAGUAUAAAUAAAGAAAAUUCAGGUUGUUAUUUUAGAAAUAACAAUGAAUAUAUUUAACUUUCACAACAUGCUCAUGUGUGCCAUGAUGAAUUUCCUCACUGGUACCACAACAUUCUUGUGUACCAAUUCUAUUAUCAGUCCACCUGAACUCACUGUACAGACCUGCAAGAGGCUAGAGAAUGAAAUCCUAUCAUAUGCCCACAAUGAAGCAACUUAGAAAUAUUUGGCGAAAAGCACUACUUUGGACUGUUUUUCAG